AUGCUUGGAAAAAUUGUCCUAGAGGAAGCAUAUGAACGCGCUGGCCUGGAGGAGCAUUCGAAGCGAGAGGCCAGCUUGUACGUCGCUCCUUGGGACCGUGAGCGCUACAUGCGCCAGAUCCAUGAUAUCAACCGGGAACAUCUCCAAUUAUCCAAUGAACAUGGUAUCGGAUAUAUGUUCGUCUCCUUGACUGUCCCCGAGAUCCAGGGCAUUACUGUUGAGCAGAUCAAGGACCACCGAGACCGCUUGGGCCCUUUUGUCUGCCUGUCAAUGCAUUUCCAGGCUGGCCAGAAGAUUCGCCGCUGCGUCAAGCAUCUCAGCUUCCACGGCGCUUUGUUGUGUGACUUCCAACAUGACGGUCCGAAUGGCGAAAUAUACCUCUUCUACGGCCAACCUCAGUACGAUGCCUUUUGGAAGGUCCUCACGGACCUCAACGUUCCCCUUUAUAUCCACCCUGCAGCAAAAAAAUCAAAGCUUAUCUUUGGUCAUCAGGAAGAACACAUUCCCUUUGGCUUUUGGCGUUUAAACAACUGGUUCGAGGAUAUCGAGAAGCCCGUUGCUAAUGAGAAGGGUAAAAUCAUGUGCAAGAAGACCAUUUAUGAUUAUUCCAAGCAGAACAUCUAG